ACAAUCCAAUCAGUUCCGUCCUCGCCGUCACCCCGUUUCCACAAAUAACCUUCGAACUUCGAUCACAAUGACAGCAAAGAUCGGUGGCCUUUCCGCCAGUGUCAUUGCUGCCAUUGCAGCAGGCGGCAUCUUCGGUCUGUUGGCCAUCACCAUUAUCCUUGCCGUCCUCUGUGACAUACCGAAGCGAAUGAAGCGAAGAAAGCACACUGGAAUCAUGGAGCCUUCCGGAAAGAAGAGCCUAGAGAUCUCCGAAGUGGAGAAGGGUAGUGUGGAUGCUUCGGUAACAGAAGUACCGUCGACCAACUCUUCAACAAACUACUCGAGCGUUCAACCGACCCGACCAGCUUCUCCAGAAUGCCACUGUGAACACCCAGUGGCAUCACCAAACCCGCCGCGGGCCUAUUAAGAAGCUAUACCGACAUCGAUAUCAGCAGUCCUCGGGUUUGUCUCGAGACAAGCAGAGACAUAUAUAUAUGCUAUGACCUUCCAACAUCGGUGGAGUCGGGGUCGGGGUGGAGCAUCUAUCAUCUCGAUUCGGCGUUACCCGUCUUCCGUCUUACUACAUUCUCGGAUACUUAUCUGGCGUUGGGGCUAUGCAACCUGGCUGGGUUUGGAGAUUUGGAUACCCUUUCAUUGGCUUGAGAUCCAAAGCCUACUUAAUGUUGACUGACCAAAGCAAGGCUGCGAAUGGUUGGUGGGGCAAACUGUAACGGCACUAAGAUACUUCCAUACAUUUCAUGUUGCCGAACCUACAUGUAAUCAGAAGGUUCCGACUCUCCUCUGAGUAGCUGUCUCCGCGC